UCAGUAUAAAAAGGAAAACCCUUAACGCAGCUCUUAUUUUUGGCAAACAGAAAAAGCGAUUCCUUUCACUCUUCUUUGUUCUCCAACUCCGCGGCGCAGAUCCGAGGAGUUAUUCAGCAAAUUUAAUCAGCCCUAAAACAAGUUUUUCUUCACUCCAAUUGAAAAGUAUGGCAGGUUUGGCACCAGAAGGAUCUCAAUUUGAUACUCGUCAGUUUGACUCGAGGAUGAACGAACUCCUCCAAGUUGAGGGAGAAGAAUUCUUUACUUCCUAUGACGAGGUUUACGAUAGUUUCGAUGCAAUGGGUCUUCAAGAGAAUCUCCUAAGAGGCAUUUAUGCCUACGGUUUUGAGAAGCCCUCUGCAAUCCAGCAAAGGGGCAUUGUUCCUUUCUGCAAGGGACUCGAUGUCAUUCAGCAGGCACAAUCCGGAACUGGAAAAACUGCUACUUUCUGCUCUGGCAUUUUGCAGCAGCUCGAUUACGGUUUGACACAGUGCCAGGCCUUGGUUUUGGCCCCCACUAGAGAGCUCGCUCAGCAGAUUGAGAAGGUUAUGCGUGCACUAGGUGACUACCUCGGUGUGAAGGUCCACGCUUGUGUCGGUGGAACCUCAGUCCGUGAGGACCAGAGGAUCCUCUCCGCUGGGGUCCACGUCGUUGUUGGAACCCCUGGCCGUGUGUUUGACAUGCUGCGAAGACAGUCACUCCGUGCUGACAGCAUCAAGAUGUUUGUCUUGGACGAGGCUGAUGAAAUGCUGUCUCGUGGUUUUAAGGAUCAGAUUUACGACAUUUUCCAGCUGCUGCCAUCGAAAGUACAAGUCGGUGUGUUCUCCGCCACAAUGCCUCCCGAAGCCCUCGAAAUCACCCGAAAGUUCAUGAACAAGCCCGUAAGGAUUCUCGUGAAGAGAGACGAGCUAACCCUCGAGGGUAUCAAGCAGUUCUACGUGAACGUUGAAAAGGAAGAGUGGAAACUAGAGACGCUAUGCGACCUCUACGAAACCCUAGCAAUCACCCAGAGCGUCAUCUUUGUCAACACCAGGCGAAAGGUCGACUGGCUCACAGACAAGAUGCGAGGUAGGGACCACACUGUCUCCGCCACACACGGUGACAUGGACCAGAACACACGUGACAUCAUCAUGCGCGAAUUCCGAUCGGGCUCUUCUCGUGUGCUUAUCACCACCGAUCUUUUGGCUCGUGGGAUUGACGUGCAGCAGGUUUCGCUCGUAAUCAACUACGAUUUGCCAACUCAGCCCGAGAAUUACCUGCACAGGAUCGGAAGAAGUGGUAGGUUUGGGAGAAAGGGAGUUGCGAUUAAUUUUCUUGUUAGGGAGGAUGAAAAGAUGCUCCAGGAUAUUCAGAAGUUCUACAAUGUUGUCAUUGAGGAGCUUCCGUCGAACGUGGCUGAUCUUCUUUGAGGUUGCGGUUUUUUUUGAAGUAUUUUUGGUUCGUUUCUGGCAAGAGGGAGGCUCGUUCGAAGUUUUUUUUCUUUUUCUAGUUUAAUUUUGUUUUUUUUUUUCUUUCUUUUUGUUAAUUUAAUUUGCAAAAGAUGAUGUGAUCCACCCUUGUGAAAACUGGUGCAUGAAUGUAUAAUCCGAUUCGCUGUGGGUGGAUAAAUUAUAUACACUGUUGCAGUUUUGUCUGUAGGUAUGUAUCGUAUUCGAAUUUUUGUCCCGAAAAAUUGGUUCAUUCUCUAUAGUUGUCGAGCUGUGUUAGG